AUGAUGAUAAAUAUAAUAUCGAUCCUCUUUUGGAAAGGAAAAGAUCUGGAUCUCUGUGAUGCAGAACUUGAAGAUAGAGAAGUAGAGAAAGUAGAAGAAGAUGGGAUUAUGUGUGCUGUAUGUCAAAGCACUGAUGGUGAUCCAUUAAAUCCAAUUGUGUUUUGUGAUGGUUGUGAUUUGAUGGUUCAUGCGUCUUGUUAUGGGAAUCCUCUUGUUAAAGCUAUACCAGAAGGUGAUUGGUUUUGCGAGCUCUGUAUUGGAUCGAAGAAGAACCGAGAGAAGAAGCUCUUCUCUUGCUGUUUGUGUACAACCAAAGGUGGAGCGAUGAAGCCGACGAAAGAUGGUAGAUGGGCUCAUAUCACUUGCUCGUUGUUUGUGCCUGAAGUUUACUUUGAGGAUCCUGAAGGAAGGGAAGGGAUUUGUUGCGGAGAGAUACCGAAAGAUCUUUGUAUUGAGUAUCGUGAAGGGAAGAAGAGUGGUGGUAUUGUUGUUGGUUUCUGCAAUGAGCAUACCAAGCUAUGGGGAAGGGAAAGUGGAAAGUACAAGAUUGUUGCUAGAGAUGAAGAUAGAAAGUAG